AUGUCAAACCCAAGUAGAGUUGUCAACAUUAAAACAAAUGUCGUAAAACGUAUUCUGAAGGAUGUCCAAGUUGUCCACGUCGAUAUUCAAGACGCCAAGGAACGCGUGCAGACUCGCAUCAACAAUCAGGAAGACGAGCAUGAAGUGGAGCACCAGAAAUUUGUGUUGAAGCAUCAUCUUCGUGCUCUUCCAGAUGCUCUCAAUCGCUUACAACAAGCUUCAGAAGACCUUCAAUCCAUCGUUGAUAACCCAGUCUAUGAGGGUCUGCCCGAAUUGGAGUCCGCCAAAUCCGUCCUUGACACGGCCAAGGAAGUCUUAGAAAAGGAGCAAUCCAGCGAUGCCCCUAAAAAUGGACAUGCUUAG